ACCUCCACAAUUGCAUACACAACACACUUUGAUGCAUAUCUCUCUCUCUCUCAUGAGGUUUUCGUAGCGUUGUUGUAUUGGGGGAUCCUUUGCUUUGCUGCAGGGAGCAUGGAGAUUUGUCCUGCAUUUGGGUUUGCAUGGCUGGAUUGUAGCUUGGAGGAUGCUUUCAUCGAUGGCUGGAUUGUGGUUGAGGACUUUCGGUUGGUUUCAUGGAGUUCAGAGCGUUGAGCGUUGAGAUUUGGCAUUCCAAGUUGCAGCGGGAGUUCGUGGUGAUGUGGUUUUGAAUGCGAGCUAAUCUUUGCAAGAAUUUGGUUAAGGUUAUGAGAAGCUGGUUGUGGACGUUAGCACUGUGGAGCGUUAUGAUGUUGUUGGGAAGGAUCAGGGCACGGUGAACAAGUAGAAAACAUCCUCAUAAAGUGUUUUCUGUACUGGUGUUUUCUGGAGAGUUGUAGUUCAAGUACUCUGUGUGGUAAAUCCAGUGGCAGGGUUUACAGCCUUUCUUUAGGAACUUUUUAAGCAUCAGCAGACCACCUUUGGAGGUCAAGAAUGAGGAAAUGAUCACUUUGUCGAGACUGCAGUCUUCGUGGACUGAAAGGUGAAACUCAAAGACAGACUCACAGUUUCGCCAGGUACCAUGAUUCAUGCUCGAGCAGGCAGACUGUGGGGGACAGACAGGUGCCACCUCUCUCCAUCACGUAGCUUUUUGAGUCUACUGAUUUGUGAGGAAGACUCGGGUAUGACGGGCACACGGAGGUGAUCCACUUUUUUCGCCCAAGAUGGUUCAGGUGCCAGUGUGGAAAGAGGGUAUGCCUGAUAAACCGAAAAUCUUGAUCUCCCGCUUUCGCACAAAGUGUGUACUGGUUUCAAUCGGCCUCGUCUUGUGGUGGUCGCUUGUUGUGGUACGUUUCUCCUAUGAUCGUCGGCCUCUUCCAUUACAAACUUCGAUAGGACAACCGUUGCGUUCUCUGCACAAAGACGACACUGAGCCAAGGGAGAGCCCAAUAGGCACGAGCCAACAAGAUUACUCCACAAGCGCCGAGGGUUUUUCUGGAAUUGAGGUGCUGGAAAGUAAUAAAACAUGGCAUACGAAUUCAGAAGGAUGUCAAGAUGAAAGUAAUGGGGACAAGAAACUUGAUUGUGUCCUCUCUCCCGGGGAAAGAAUGCCACCUGUGAUUGCGGUAUCGCAGUCGCACAGUGCGGAAAAACCAAGUCCAUUCGUGGAGCAGCCUGUGAAGGAUCUCUGCGAAGGUCGCUACGUCUACGUUUACGAGCUAGACCCUUGCUUCAACGAGGAUUUCGUGACUCAAUGCGAGAAAGUUCUAUGGGAAACCAUGUGCCCAAGCGUUACAAAUGCAGGCCUCGGUCCACCGCUGGACAAUAUUGACGACGUGCUCUCCGACUUGGAUUGGUACGCAACCAACCAGUUCAUGCUCGAGCUAAUUUUUCACAACAGAAUGCGGCAGUACAAGUGCCUCAUCAGGGAUUCCAGCCGCGCAGACGCUAUAUUUGUACCCUUCUAUGCUGGCUUGGAAAUUACAACCAAAUUGUGGGGAGCCAAUAUCGCGGAGAGAGACGAUGCUCCUGAGAAGUUGCAGAGUUGGCUCGCUAAUCGAGCUGAGUGGAAAAGAUUUAAUGGACACGAUCAUUUCUUGGUUGCUGGACGAAUAACUUGGGAUUUCCGGCGGCCGUCAGACCAGGAAACGGAUUGGGGGAACAAGCUUUUCGUCUCUCCUCUAGGGGCUAAUAUGACCUUCCUCACAAUAGAGGCAAGUACUUGGGAUGAUAACGAUUUCGCAAUUCCUUAUCCGACAUACUUCCAUCCAUCCUCUAAAACCUCCAUUGUCCACUGGCAAAACAAGAUGCGUGCAAUCGACAGGCCAUUUCUCUUCUCUUUUGUGGGGGCGCCCAGGCCGGCGCUAUCGUAUUCCAUUCGUGGAAACAUCGUCAAUCAGUGCAUCCACUCAAACCAUUGCAGGCUCUUAGACUGCAGGGAGAAUGUUUGUACCAUGCCCGAGAAGGUGAUGGAGGUGUUUGAGCACUCCAUCUUCUGUUUGCAACCCCCUGGAGAUUCUUACACGCGCCGCUCUACCUUCGACGCCAUGCUUGCGGGGUGCAUCCCUGUAUUUUUUCACCCCUAUUCCGCAUAUGUUCAGUAUGAGUGGCAUCUACCUAUCAACCACUCUUCCUAUUCUGUCCUGAUCGAUGAGAGGCUCAUCUUGAACAACACCAUUCGUAUUGAAGAAGUGUUGCUCAAGUUUACACCUGAGCAGAUUGUUAAUAUGAGGAGGAUGGUCAUUCACAUACUUCCCAGAAUUGUCUAUGCAGAUCCACGGUUACCAAGUCCUCUACCUGACGUUGAGGAUGCCUUCGACAUCACCUUGCAGGCAGUGAUUGAGAGGAUUGCCAAGUUGAAGAGGAGUGCCAAGGAUGGUAGUGGGAACCAUUCAAAUGCAAAUUUGGAUUUGCAGUUCAGAACACAGGAAAGUAUGAAGGAAGAAGCGGCUUCCGAAGAAGCGGCUUCCGAAGAAGCAACCAGGAGGAGUAUGAAGAAUGAAGGUUAUUUGAGAGACAAUGACGAUAUUAUGAACGCAAAUAAUUAGGGAAGUCAAUUCGUCAUUUACCUCCAGAACAGCCUUUCUUGUUUUGCCUACAUGUGAAGACUCUUGAUACUCCCGUGACCACUAGGUAACAAGUCCUACAAGAUUUUACUCGUCGUUACCCUCGUGCAUUCUCCAUGUUUUGAAUUCUACUUGGAGGAAGAUUGAAAGGAUUGAGGGAGAAAAAGAAUUGGGAAUGGGGAGCUAAAGACGAGAUAUCCAGUGAACUUUGUUUAUCCUCCAGCAACAUAACUUGCUUCUGGCUCCGCAAUUGACUCAACAUUAGUCACAUAUAGGAAAGGGGACGUUAAAAACAUUCUAAAAAAAUCCUUUUGGCUGUUUCGCAUGUUGCCUUGGGUUUUCAAUUUUCUGCGCAAGUUUCGCUAGGCCCUAGUUUAAGUUAGCAAUUGAUCUCGUCCAGCUUCGUGGAUAAUUAGCAAGGAGAGAACUACUGAGGAAAUUAUGCUCAUAUAGAGACUGUUUCUGCCUCAUAAAUUUGCUGUGGGAAGCCGCAAGUGCUCAUGUAAAGAGCCUCACAACAAUUGAAGGAUCUGAGUCAUUUUCUGAAUGUAUAAAAUCACAGAUUCUAAGGCGUUUGGAGAAACCUCA